AUGCCCACGCGUCGUGCCCACCGGAAGUCCAGACAUGGCUGUAAGGCGUGCAAGCAGCGUCGGGUGAAGUGCGACGAAGCAAGACCCAUCUGCACACACUGCCAACAACGCGACGAACAGUGCGAAUACGGCGCAGAGGCAUCCUAUAUCUGGGCAGCGGAUGAGCCUCCUCGUGGUCGCCCUCGACGGCGCAAACAGCCUGGCAGCGAGCGUACCGGUAAACAUGCCGAAGAAGAUGCCCCAUUCCAGCUUCUGGAUACGUUCGGUCGCCAGACAGCGCCGGCGUCAAAUUCCACGCUGGACAUGGUCCAGCUGAGGCUGCUGGUGAACUGGCAGCAUGAGACGUGUCAAUUUUUCUCCCGCGACACGGAAACCAGAAUCGUUUGGCAGACUCAUCUCGUGGAUGAGGCGCUGAAAACACCGCCUCUCAUGCAUGGUAUCCUGGCGGUCUCGGCGCUGCAUCUUGCGCUGUCGGAACAGGCGUCAGAACAGGCGUUUUGGCUGGGUAUAGCCACCGCGCAUAAAGGGCAGGCGCUGCCGUUUCUACGGAAUGGGCUGGGGAAUGUUAAUGCAGAGAAUGCGACAUCGUUGGUGGGCCUGUCUGCGCUGGUUGUAGCGUAUGCAUUUGGGUCGGCCUUGACCGAGACAGACGAGAACAAACCCUCGUUGGAUGCACUGGACAAAGUCUUCGUAUUGUGUCGCGGUGUCCAGCAGAUCAACAAGGCGUCGUAUCCUGUUCUGCGGCAGAGCAACUUUGCGCCGCUGUAUUCCCCAGGGGAUGCUUCUUUGGCGAUUCCUGACCAUGUUAAAACAGCACUGGACUGUCUUGACAAGUUGAAUACGCAAUGCCUGCAUACUGGGGGGCAUGAUGCUGCAACGUAUACCCGUGUUAUCUCUGCAAUCCGAGAGCUAUCAGGACAUGCCUUUGUACAGCCAAACUCGAUGACUUUGGCUGCUGGGUGGGCUAUUCGGUUGUCUCCUGAGUAUCUGGGGUAUCUUCAGGCGAAAGAGCCGUUUGCUUUAGUGGUCCAUGCUUAUUACUGUGCUUUCUUACAUAUGGCCAGGGGUAACGCUUUUUUACAGUGCUGGGGCAGAGCUGUGUUGGAGGACAUUAUUCCACUGCUGGAUGAUCCUUGGAGGCCGCAUAUUGAGUGGCCAGUUGCUGAGGUUUUUGGAGUUGGCAGGUCUCUAUAA